AUGCGCUCCCUAGGAGAGCGAUUACACCUCCUCAGAAAGUUAAUCAACCUCCGCUGCGGGCCAGGCGCCGCCAUCCUGCCGCCCGAAGUCACAAGGAUACACAUGGACUUUGCGACGAGCAUGUCCAACGGCCACAUGGGAGCCAGAAAGUUCUGGCGCCAGUACCUCCCGCGGCUCAAGUACCACAACCCGGCGGUGCCCAUGAUCCUCAACCGGCACGACGACAACGCCGCACCGCCCAUCAUGACAAUCUACAUGCGCGCCUCGGCGGCGGCGGCUGCGGCGGAGACCUCACAGCCGGCCUCGUCGCGGACCGGCCUCUCCAAGGCGCAGCCGCCGGGCGCCGACGAAAAGGUCGUCACAAUCGACAUGAGGAACAGGCACAGCUCCGAUAUUCUAGAGUUCUUCCUGGCCGAGACGCGCGCCAGGGCGUUGCAGCCCACGAGCGCCGAGAUUGCAGAGAUUCAGAGUCUAGAGGCUAUCAAGACACAGGGCGGCGUCGAUAGGGAGAGGGUGAGGGCGCUGAGGGCGGAGAAGAAGAAGGAGGAGGACAUGCUGAAGAGGGCGAGGGCAGCAGGGGGUAUGGCUGAGCAGGAGGAGGCUUAG